AUGAUGUCCUACAUAAAGCAACCCCAUUACACCAUGAACGGGUUAAAUCUGCCUGGUCCCGGAAUGGAUGUGCUUCACACAACCGUCGCUUAUCCAUCCACUCCCCGGAAGCAGCGCAGGGAGCGCACCACCUUCACCCGGACACAGCUGGACAUCCUGGAGGCGCUGUUCUCCAAGACCCGCUACCCAGACAUCUUCAUGAGGGAGGAGGUGGCCCUCAAGAUCAACCUGCCGGAGUCACGUGUGCAGGUUUGGUUUAAAAACCGCCGUGCCAAGUGCCGCCAGCAGCAGCAGCAGAGCAGUGGCCAGUCCAAGCCGCGCCCUCCCAAGAAGAAGGCCUCUCCAGUGCAGGAGCCCGAUGCCCCUGGUCCUGUCCCCAACCAGUCUAGCUCCUACAGCCCCUCCUCUGGCCAGUCAGGGCCCAGCCUGGCACCCAGCUCCAGCACUGGAAACGCAGCUGUGUCCAUCUGGAGCCCGGCCAUGUCACCCCUGCCUGACCCCCUGGCUUCCUCAGCCCAGUGCAUGCAGCGGCCCUCACCUUACCCCAUGAGCUAUGGCCAGCCAUCGGCUUACACCCAAGGCUACGCCAGCACCACCUCCUACUUCACUGGCUUGGACUGCAGUGCCUACCUGUCCCCCAUGCACUCGCAGCUGUCGGGCACCGGGGGCGCUCUCAGCCCCAUCACUGUGCCCUCAAUGGGGGGCUCCUUAAGCCAGUCCCCGGCCUCUCUGUCCUCACAGGGCUACAGCACAGCCUCCUCCCUGGGCUUCACCUCCGUUGACUGCCUGGACUACAAGGACCAGCAGGCCUGGAAACUGGGCUUCACCACAAUGGACUGUCUGGACCACAAAGACCAAAACUCCUGGAAGUUCCAGGUGCUCUAG